GGUGUGUGAGAAGGCUGGGUUUUUGUGGUGUCAGUUGUGCGAUCUGUGUUCACAGCACUCUGCUUCUGUCAUGUGCUGCUAGCUUCUUCCUGUGGCCUCGGCCUGAGAACCUCUUUCUGAUUGCAGUGUCCAUGUGACUAAGUUUCCGGUGCUGCUUCAGCUGCUGCUUCCGUGAAUAGUAAGAGUUUAGAGCAGUCAAACAUCACAGAGCUAGAGAGUUGCUCUGCAGCGCAGAAUCAACCAGCGAUAUGGUCAGAGGAUCAACCGUCAGUGGCUUUGGAAAUCCACACCUAACCGCCAGAUGAGGAUGUUAAGAUGCUCGUCCACAGGCUCACUCCCCUCCUGCUUGGCCUGCUUCCACUCUGGAGACUCCUGACGCUGGUUUCAGGUCAUCCACAACAUGGACCAUGUCAGCAGAUCCAAAGAACAGCUCUGUGCAACAGCAGAAAACUCAACUCUGUUCCCGUAGGACUCUCAGACCACAUAGAGGAGCUCCAGCUGAACUUCAAUCAGAUCCAAACACUACAAGAUGACUCUCUGCUUCUUUACCCGUCAUUAAACACUCUGAGUUUAGCCUGCAACAGUUUAGAGAAAUUACAGUCAAACACUUUUAAAAACACGAAACUGUUAGAAAACCUCAACUUAGCUAAUAACAACCUUUAUACUGGGUACCAAGAAAGCAGUGAAGCAUUAAAGACUGUACCCAGACUCAGAGUUCUGGACCUUUCUGUGAACAGACUCGAUGACGAAAUGGUCGCCACUCUCCUGGAGAACCUGACAUCUCUGGAGUAUUUGAAUCUCUCUGGAAACCUCCUGCAGAGACUGGACGAGACGUCGUUCAGAGAUCUUCAUCAGCUCAAAGAGCUCGACCUGCAGAGAAACAUCAUGUUCGAGAUCGACGGAGCCUUCGACAGCAAUCCUAAACUCCAGAGACUAAACCUGGCCUAUAACUACCUGCCCUGUCUGACGGACUUCCACAUGACCCAGCUGGUCGUCCUGAACGUAAGCCAUAACUUCAUCGAGUGGUUCAUCUCCAGACAGGACAUGAACGACACAUUCCAGCUGGAGACGGUUGACCUGUCGUACAACAAACUGCUCUUCUUUCCUUUCUUGCCAAACCAGAGCCGUUUGCUGAACCUCUACCUGUCCCACAACACAAUCAGGUUUUACGAACAACUGGCGGAAAAUGACACGCUCCAAAACUCUUCAACCGUUGAGUUUUACAAUCUGAAGAAAUACACUCAAAACAACGUGACGGCUAAGCUGUGGGAUGACAGCCUUCAUGGUGACAUUUCCUCAGUGCAGAUUUUAGACCUAACAUGGAACCAGGUGGAGUACUUCCCUCGUGGAUUCAUCCAGAAGAUGCCCGCUCUGUCUAGGCUACGAAUGUGCACAAACUGUUUGGGAGCCUUGAACCUCACGUCAGAGCAGUUCCCUGCAAGCUUGUAUGAGUUGGACAUUAGCAACAACAGGCUCAAUGAGAUUAUCGCAGAUGAAGGUACGCUGGGCACUCUCAGUAAUCUGACAUACUUGAACCUGAGCUUGAAUAAUCUCACAAUGCUACCAUCUGGAUUAUUCUCUUCUCUGAGCAGCCUCAGGUCUGCAGAUCUCAGCUAUAACAGCAUAGACAUUUGCCUUCAUGAUGAAGCUGAGAUCAGCACAGACUUUAUCUCAACCUGUGUUGACUGGGCAGAUGUUAAAUCCCUUCGUCAGCUUUACUUAAAGGGAUGCAACCUGGAAAGAAUUCCAGCAUCUUCCUUUGAUGGUUUGUCUUUAACACAUUUGGAUCUGUCAGACAACCCAGGACUCCUUAUCCACAAAUCAUUACAAAGUCUGAGCAGAACGUUACAACAUUUAGGAUUAGGAAACACUCAAAUACAAAACUUUGACUACUCACGUUUUCAGAGUUUGAAGUUCUUAAAUAUAUCAAGAAACUCUCUCCUCAAUCUUCCACCCUCUCUCACAACCCUGGACCUGAAAACUCUCGACAUAAGGGACAACAAGCUGUCCACCAUCCCUUCAGCUCAUGCUUACACAUUAGCUCCCAAACUGCACACAAUCUUCCUCACAGGAAAUCCGUUUAACUGCUGCCAAACCGAAUGGUUCAGGACGUUUGAGACUGUCCACAUGGUCGCACAAUCAGACAUUGAAUGUGAGGAUCUCUUCCGUACCACACACAAAGUUGAACGCUUCAACUGGAAUCUGUGUUCAGAGGAAGGGGGGGAAUCGCUGCUGUGGUUAAUUCUGUUGAUUGUUCCUUUAUGUAUGUUUUUCAUGGCUGUUUCGGUUGUUUUCCUCCUGACCUUCAGGCCUGAAAUCCUCCAAAAGUCAAUCAAAAAGAAGUGUCUGAGGCCUACAUCUUACUAAACUUUAUAAAGGUGUUUGUUCAGUUUUGAGUGUUUGCUGAAAAUAGGGAUGUGCACAAUUAUCCAGCUAGGGAAAUGAAGGUGGCACCCUCGCUAGUCAGCAGCAGAAUUACUUGUUGGUGGGAGUAAUCAUUAAUGUUUUAAUUUUAAUUCAUGUCCAAAAUCCUGCUCAAAUGCCAUGACUCAGUCCCAUUUCUAUUUCUAACCCUGUUCUUUGAUUUUGAGUGCUUCAUGCCCCUUAAAAUAAAGUAAUCAUCAAAUCAUCAAAUCAAACUUUAUUUAUAUAGCACCUUUCAUACAUAAAAGAAAUGCAACACAAGGUGCUUUACAUUAAAAGAUAUACACCCCAAUCCCCCACCCCCUCGCAAGCACUCGCACACGAACACACACACAAAUACAGCAUACUCCACACAUGCAUACCCCAGGCAUACACCCCACCACACCCCAGCCCACCCCAACCCAAAGAUAAAAUAAAAUAUGGCUGAAAUAUGGCUGAGCACUGAGGGACCGGAUGAGGAAACACCAUUCAUUCUUUAGGAGCCAUCCACACCGGGAGAUGCCCCAGCCCACGACUACAGAGGGUGCCACCACAGAGACCAUCCCGACCCAGACAGACAGGAGCCCACACCAUGGCCAUAAGGCCCUGGAGCAGGUCCCCUAACCAUCCAGGCCCGGACAACCCCCAGGACGGCACCCCCGCAGGCAGGCUAGACACAGCUCCUGGUGUGGAGGGCCCCCAUGAGGAAAACACUGGAGCUAAAAACAGAAAGACAACAGAGUAAAAUAUGAUCAAUACUAAAAGGAAUAAAAAAACAAUAUAACAACAUAAAAAUUAUUAUUUAACAAGCAACUAAAAAAACAAUAAAACAAUAGAAGCAGCAUAAGAGAGUGAAAGGGAAUCAGUUAAAAGCCAGAUUAAAAAGGUGGGUCUUGAGCCUGCCCUUAAAAACAUCAACAGUCUCGGCAGCCCUGAGGUUCUCCGGCAGGCUGUUCCACAGACGUGGGCCAUAAUAAUAGAAUGAAGCUUCACCGUGAGUUUUCGUUCUAACGUUGGGAACAGUUAAAAGACCAGCACCGGAGGACCUCAGGGUGCACGAGGGCCGAUAGGGUAAAAGCAGGUCAGACAGAUAAGAAGGCCCAAGGCCAUUAAGACACUUAAAAACUAAUAAAAGAACCUUAAAAUCAAUCCUGAAACACACAGGGAGCCAAUGCAAUGAUUUUAAAACUGGUGUAAUGUGUGCCCGCUUUCUGGUCCUCGUCAGCACACGUGCAGCUGAGUUCUGAAGUAACUGAAGAUGUGAAAUACUCUUUUUUUGGAGACCAGAAAGCAGGGCAUUGCAAUAGUCUAUACGACUAGAGAUAAAAGUAUGCAUUAGCACCUCUGUGCUGGCAAGAGAGAGAAACGGGCGUACUCUGGUUAUGUUCUUAAGGUGAUAAAAUCCUAUCUUCAUUAUAUUUCUAAUAU